AUGCCGCUUUGUAAUGAUGUAGUAUCGUUAGAAGAAUUAGCCAAGAGGGAAAUUCACGAAAUUCUUAUGCUAAAUGAAGAGAGUAUAAAAGAAAAAGCAUACAAAUGGAGAAUGCUUUUUAUUGAACAUCUACCAGGAAGUUUAAGAACAGAUCUCUUAUACUACGGGUUUUCAAAACAUGAUAGUAAAAUAUACGGACCCAUUUACCCACUUAGUUAUUGGGUGCCAUUUUCAGUAGCCCUUUUUGACAAGACAAUCAAGUAUGUGCCACCUAUAUGUAUUAACGAUUUGGAAAAAGAUUUACCACUGUUGAUGUCUUUCGUGUCAUAUCUUUGGACGUAUCGUCCUAAAAUAAACAAACUAUAUAUGAAUCUCGUAUACAUUCAAAAAUAUCGCAGUAGAUGGAAUGUCUCUAUGAAUAGUAUAGAAUGUUCAAUGAAUAUUUUAUGCAAGUGUUUUGAGGAAGGUUUAGCAAGUAAUCUGGUGCAACUUCAGCUGACCUAUCAAUGUGACGAUUCAAUUUUAAUUGCUAUUGGCCGAAAUUCAAAAUGUUUAAAACUGUUGGAUGUUUCAUGUUCAUCAACUAUAACAAUUGAUGGCAUCAAAAGCUUUUUAUUUAAAGAGCUAAAUACCUUUCAAAAUGAUAUGCUGAAUGGAUCAGAGAUUCAAGUUUAUGCAUUUUUAAAAUGUAUCGUCGAAAAUCGAGAAAUAUUAAACACAGUUUGUUUUACAUUAGAAGAAAUACGAUUGCAGUACACUAAAGCUAAUAAUAUAGGAUGGAUUUUUAUUUUAUCUUGUAUCCAGAGCCUAAAACAUCUCGGAUGGCCCGGACAAUGGAAUAUAAAGAAAAUAAUUAUGACCGUAUGGAAUGAAAUAAUUAAGCCGAAGACAUUUAAUCUAGAAUCGAUUACUUUAAUUGAUUGGGAUAUAACUUGUGAUGAAAUAAACACUAUGAGUGAAUGUUUACCACAUUUAAAAAAUCUUACUACAACAUUAACUCGAAGUUAUGAACCUUUAAAUAAUAUAAACCACCAACUAUUAAUGGAGUUCUGGAAUAAACUGAAUUCGUUGAAAUUAUACAUAGAAAAUACAAUUGAAUACUUUCAAUUCUUUUGUAGAAAUGGAUACAUUCAAAAUCUUUCUGAACUAACAAUUAAAAGUGUAUCUUUAGAUAUCAGCUUUGAUCUAGCAUUAUUACAAAGUGGUUGUCCAAAUCUGAUCAUAUUAGAUAUUGUCUCCAUGUCACUUUAUAUAAAUCUAAAACCAACUGGAAAAUUUGAAUAUUUAAAAACAGUAAAGAUGGAAGCACCAUUUGAAGAAACCAAAAAUUGGUUUUUAUUUCAUGGCUGUCCAUCCUUAGAAGAGUUACAAAUAUUUAACGAAAUGGAACCUGAAUAUUGGAAGAACAUUUUUAUCACUCCACCCCCAAUAAUAUGUCAACAGAUGAAACGAUUAGAAAUUGUAUUUGUACUUCCCAACGGAAAUCCAACCUUUUUAAUCCAACCGUACAUCAUGAAUUAUUCAAUAAUAACAGAAUUUAUAAGAAAAUGUUCAGUAUUGAACACAUUUGGUAGUAUUUCAAAUUUUGGUAUGACUACACAAGAUGUUGAAAAUAUACAUAAUUUUAUACGUCUGCAUAACUAUUCGAUGACAAUAUAUUAA